AUGAACACGCCAUUUCUAAAAUCAUAUUAUCGCCGAAAAUCUACAUAUCUAACUUCUGAGCAGAUAGAAACAAUUAGAUCGCUCAAAGAUAAGCAACAAAUAAUACAAAGUACCAUUUCCACAUUAGUCUCAUUAACUUCAUCUAAAAAUUUUAACCAAAUCAGAAGAGAGACUUUAUAUCCAGAAUCUACUACUCCCCUCAAUACAGAAAUAAAAAAGAGAAGUUCCAAAUCUCGGUCUAAAUCUGUAUUAUGUAAUAAUGAGCUCUGCUCUCACAUAUCUGAUUCAAUACCUACUAAUAACUCUACAGAAAAAAUAA